AGUUCAUGUAGAUAUUGAUGCAUGGUUUCUUAAAUUAACUGAAAAAUAUGGACAAAGUGGUGUAUUUGAAUUAAAUCUUAUUGGAAAUAGACAAAUAGUCAUCACUCGUGCUGAUUAUGUUAGUAAACUUAUGGCUCCAUCAUCUGAGCAAGAUCAUUAUAAACAUCAUAUGAGAACAGCAAAUAAUGGUCUCUUAGAUAUGUUUGAUCUUGAUCGUAAAGGUGUUGGAUUAAAUCAUGAUUACAAUUUCUGGAAAUUUAAUCGACAAAUUUUUACUUCAGCUAUUAAAACUGCUUGUUAUAGUGAAGCAACUGUUAAAACAAUCAAUAAUUUAUAUGAUGAAAUGAUAGGUUAUUGGCUUAAUUUGAAAAAACCUGGAGAUGAUUCCGUAGUCGUUGACGCCGCUUCUUGGAUGCGUAGAUUUACAAAUGAUUUUAUUUCCGUAGUUACAACUAGUGAAAGAACACUCGCGAUUAAAAAUUAUUAUCACAUAUUAAAUAAUGAAAAAAAGACUCAAGAGAUGGAGGAUUCAGAAGAAUUUGUUGAAUGUAUAAGUACUUUCUUUGAUGAUAAUCAGAUGAUUUUUAUACCAAAACUUUUAAAACAAUUUCCUUUGAUCCGAGGUCGUGUUGCAACAAAACUACUUCUAUAG